AUGGCGGAUCCAGCCGUCAAGCCUGACCCGGCUGUCAAGCAAGACCCGGACGCCCUCCAGGGCGGAUCCCCUAUGGCCAUUGAUGCCUACGAGGACGACGUCGGCGACCUGGAUCUCGACUUCUACGCCCCAAGGGACCCAGAUGGCAACCCGUCCGCCCAGGACAACCUCUUCAUGGCUCGCGUACCCACUUACGUCUGGUCUGCUUGGGACAAGAUUGACGACGACACCCCAAUCGAGAUCGGAAGGCUCCGCGCCUGGAGCGAGCCGGACAAGAAGGGCACACCCAAGAGGAAGAUGAGGCUCCUGCUGAAGAGCAACGUCUCCGCGCAUCAAGGCCUACCACGCGAGUACGACCUGGAUGACACCAACCAAGCAGUCAAGAACACCUUCAUCUUCACCGAGUCGGACAUCGAGGGCUUCAAGAACAAGAACAAGUUGCGCAAGGACGCUGCCGAUCAGCACAUUCCCUCCUACCUCCUGCGGGCCAAGGUAGAGAAGCCGCCUCAGCAGAGUUCUCGUGGCGGACGUGGACGACGAGGAAGGGAUACUUUCAGACAAGUCAUCCCCAAGAAAACCGCCAUCUACGGGCGCGUCUCACAGGAAGUCAACAUGAACCCGAUUGAUAACCCAGAGACCGCCUACCUCAUGGCCGUCCGCGCGCAGGAGCAGGUGACGCCCAAGAACACCACUCAGAUCAUCGACCGCUUCACCGUCACACACAACGUCGUCCAGGUCGGAACGGGCCAAGCCGCUAAGGCAUUCGAGAGCUUCAUCAAGGACUCGCGCACGCAGACCAAGAAGGCCAAGGCCGAGGCCAAGACCGCACGUAUGCCCGAGAACGAGCUCCUCGACAAGAUCUUCCAGUGUUUCCGACAGUACAACUACUGGUCGCUCAAGGCGCUUCGCUCUGCUAUACCUCAGCCCGAGGUGUACCUUCGGUCCACCUUGGAGAAGGUGGCCGAUUUGCACAAGAGCGGACGCUUCGCCAACAACUGGAGCUUGAAGGCGGAGCAUCAAGAUAUCGGCGCACAGGCUGUGGCGGAGACAGCACCCACCGUGAACUUCGCCGACGAGUCCGAGGAUGAGGAGAUGGAGGACGUUCAGAUCCAGUGA